UUUGUUUACCCUGAAUGUGCAUUAGUCAUUAGUUGUUUUGCUUGUUAACUUUAGUUUUCGAUUCAAACAAAUAUUUUGAAGAAGAAAUUUCGAAAUGGCCACGUUAAAUCGUCCAAAAUCUCCACAUGCAAAUAGCACAAUUAAAUCUGGCGAAAAAGAAGAAAGCUUUUGGGAUAAAUUUAGCACUCUUGGGAGGAAAAAAGGAACAAAAGAAGCAAAAGAUAACAAAACUCGUUCAAAAAGUCCAAGAGGAAGGAAAGCAUGCAAUUGACUCUCCUGGAGCUCCAAGUCAGAUAGAUAUACCCCCAGAAGAUUAUGCACUCCGUGAACAUGAACAACGAACCGUAAUAGACCCCCAGUCAAUUAAUGAUCCAGAAGUUAAAAAACUUCAACAGAUUUUAAUUGACUGGAUAAACGAUGAAUUAGCCGAGCAGCGUAUUAUAGUACAGAGUAUUGAUGAAGACAUGUAUGAUGGUCAGGUAUUGCAUAAGCUUUGGGAGAAGUUAACAGGAAAAAAACUUGAUGUUCUUGAAGUUACACAGUCAGAAGAGGGACAACGUCAAAAAUUAAAUAUUGUAUUGAAUGCUGUAAACCACACUUUGGGUUUUCACCAGAAGCUACCGAAGUGGUCUGUUGAAAGUGUUCACUCCAAAAAUAUAGUUGCGAUUUUACAUUUGCUCGUGGCUUUAGUAAGACAUUUUCGAGCACCGGUGCGACUUCCUGAAAAUGUUUUCGUAACAGUAGUAAUUGCACAAAAGAAUGGGGGUGUUUUAAAUGCCCAGAAAUUUCAAGAACAAAUUACAUCUGAAUACGACGAUGUUGGUAUGCGAUGUGAAAAAGAUGCGUUUGAUACCUUGUUUGAUAGUGCUCCGGAUAAAUUAACCGUUGUUAAAAAAUCUCUCAUUACAUUCGUAAAUAAGCACUUGUCCAAAUUAAAUUUUGAAAUUACAGACCUCAAUAGCGACUUUCGGGACGGCGUUUACUUGUGUCUCUUAAUGGGUUUGCUGGGAGGAUUUUUUGUGCCAUUGCAUGAGUUUCAUCUUACACCGCAAGACACUGACCAAAUGGUUGCAAAUGUUGCAUUUUCCUUUGAUCUUAUGCAAGACGCCGGCUUACCAAAACCAAAAGCUCGACCGGAAGAUGUCGUGAAUAUGGAUCUGAAAUCAACUUUGCGUGUUUUAUACAGUCUAUUUACAACUUUCAGAAACUAUGCAUAGAAUGUAUUAUGCAUUGUUUCCAUCUACAUGUUUUUUUCAGCUCUUCAAUGGACUUAAAUACAAAUCUAUAACACAUCACUAAUUACUUAUAUAAAAGGUUUUUGUUAUUUUUCGACUAAUAUGGCUAAUAAUUAAUUUUGUUAGCAAAAUAACAUUAUUUAUUAAGAGCUCAUUAACUCCAACGUAUUCUUUGUAAUAACUAAUAAUUUAAUGUCAUUUAACAAUAAAUGUGAAUAAAAGAGAAAACGAUGAUUUAAUUUGACCAUCAUGAAAUAUAAA